GUGUGCUAUGCGCGUUGAUCGACCGCGCACGCCUUUUGCCCGCUCGCCGCCGCCUGCGCAACUUAAUAACAAAAAAAUGUAGUUCAUACACAACUCCAGCUGACGUUCAAACUAACAGUUGUUACAAACCUUCAAUAUGUGCUGUGCGGGUUUUAUGAAUUACCUAUUCCACAAGCUAAGGAAAUACACAUGUGGACUUGCCGGACGCGAAAGCGACGCCGAUAUGUCGCUGAAGCAGGGCAGCGGCACGGGCAAAGUCCACUUCGGUGGUCUAGACGAUGUGUCUCUGUACGGCACGCCAGUGGAGCCUGCACCACCAGCCCCCGACGCCAAGCAGGGUUUUCUGCGCAACCAGUUACAAGCACUCUUCCAGCCUACAGACAACAAACUCGCAAUGAAACUCUUCGGCUCAAAAAAGGCUCUGAUGAAGGAGCGCAUCAGGCAAAAAGCGGCGGGUCACUGGGUCAUCCAUCCUUGCAGCAGUUUCAGGUUCUACUGGGAUUUGUGUAUGCUGCUACUGCUGGUGGCCAAUCUUAUCAUCCUACCCGUUGCCAUCUCUUUCUUCAACGAUGACCUCAGCACACGUUGGAUUGCCUUCAACUGCUUAUCUGACACCAUAUUCCUUAUAGAUAUCGUUGUUAAUUUUAGAACAGGAAUAAUGCAGCAAGAUAAUGCGGAACAAGUGAUAUUAGAUCCCAAGUUAAUAGCCAAGCACUAUUUAAGGACAUGGUUCUUCCUAGAUCUCAUCUCUAGUAUACCGCUAGAUUAUAUUUUCUUGAUCUUCAAUCAGGUAAACGACUUUAGUGAGAGCUUUCAAAUACUUCACGCGGGUCGUGCACUAAGAAUACUACGGUUAGCGAAGCUGUUGUCUUUGGUGCGAUUGUUGCGGCUCUCAAGACUUGUCAGAUAUGUGUCGCAAUGGGAGGAAGUAUAUAUCUUGCAGAACCUUCAAAAAAAGCGCACCGAACGGAGGGGACGGCUCAGCUCCGACGUAGCCAAAAAGAAGAGUGACACCAAAAGCAAUCUGAUCUUCAAGUUCCUCAACAUGGCGUCAGUGUUUAUGCGGAUAUUCAAUCUAAUCUGCAUGAUGCUGUUAAUCGGUCACUGGUCGGGAUGUCUACAAUUCCUCGUUCCGAUGCUUCAGGGUUUCCCACCGAACUCGUGGGUGGCUAUUAAUGAACUUCAGGAGGCGUUCUGGUUGGAACAAUAUUCGUGGGCACUGUUUAAAGCCAUGUCUCAUAUGCUAUGCAUCGGUUACGGUCGAUUUCCACCUCAAUCCCUUACCGACAUGUGGCUUACAAUGCUAUCGAUGAUCUCUGGGGCCACCUGCUAUGCACUUUUCCUUGGUCAUGCAACCAAUCUCAUCCAGAGUCUUGAUUCCUCGCGAAGACAAUAUCGUGAAAAGGUGAAACAAGUAGAAGAAUAUAUGGCCUAUCGCAAGCUACCUCGUGAAAUGCGGCAACGUAUCACCGAGUACUUCGAGCAUCGUUACCAAGGCAAAUUUUUCGACGAGGAGCUUAUCUUGGGCGAGCUUAGUGAGAAACUGCGUGAGGAUGUCAUCAAUUACAAUUGUCGUUCACUCGUUGCCUCGGUGCCAUUCUUCGCUAACGCUGAUUCCAACUUUGUUUCGGAUGUCGUCACUAAACUACGUUAUGAAGUCUUCCAACCCGGCGAUAUCAUCAUUAAAGAAGGAACCAUCGGAAGCAAAAUGUACUUUAUUCAAGAAGGCAUCGUGGACAUUGUUAUGGCGAACGGUGAAGUCGCUACCAGUCUGUCUGAUGGCUCCUACUUCGGCGAAAUUUGUUUGCUGACCAAUGCACGCCGAGUCGCCUCCGUCCGCGCCGAGACCUACUGUAAUCUGUUCUCGCUCUCCGUGGACCACUUCAACGCAGUGCUCGAUCAAUACCCUUUGAUGCGACGUACGAUGGAGAGCGUCGCCGCCGAGAGGCUCAAUAAGAUCGGCAAGAAUCCAAACCUCGUGGCGCACCGCGAGGACGACACCACGUCCGAAGGGAACACAAUCAACGCGGUGGUCAACGCGCUGGCGGCAGAGGCGGAGCACGUAAGCCUGUCGGACGACAGCGUGGCGCGGCUGUCGGAGCGCUCGUUGGGGCUGGCGCUGCAGCCGCUGCAGGCCGCCUCCUGCCGCAUGGCGGGCGUCGCGCUGCCGGGCCUGGGCGUCGCCGCCGCGCUGCCCCGCCCCAAGUCCGAGCACGACUUCAGCCUGGCGCAGACGCAGCAGCCGCCGCUGGCCGCGGCCGCUGCCUUCCACAAGUCGGACGCCGGCAUAGCGCCCUGACGCCGCACCAUCUGCUAGUGCAGCGCCACCGACCGAUAGCAAUACUAGGCUUAGUGCGAGCCCGCCGCCUCGCUAGAUGUAGCGUAGACGCGACGUAGCCGCGACCUCGCCGCGACCUCGCCGCGAUCUCGCCGGGCGCACCCCACCACGCCGCCCGCUGAAUCUCAUUUUGUGAUCUUAUACUUAAUUCUCCUGUGUUAUAAUUUAGGUUAAAUUUUAUAUCAUUGACGCUGUGAGGAUCGAAUACGUUACGUAUUCCGAUUGUAUAGAAUAUACCUGUUAUAUAUUGAAGAUUGAUAACUAUUGAAACUUUAUAGGGAUACCUUGCCAUUAAAAGAAAAAAUAAUUAAUUAUAUAGACUAGACUGAGAUGUAAAGAUAUCACUAUUUUAUGCUUUGUUGGCGUAUGAAAUAGUCGCUGUUGUUGAGGGAUGCGAAAUAUUCUAUCGCGAGAUUAUGAACGUAUGAGAUGUACCUUUGAACGUUCCUGGUGAAACGUCGGAGAUGUUAUAUAUUUGAAGUUAUUUACUAUAUACACAUGCGCUGGGACGUAGACCGUAGGUGAGGCCGCGCUAGUGCGGGCCGUUCGCGUGCACAGCAAAAACGAAGCACAACACAUCGUUAAAGCCUCACUAAAUCAAGAGCACCGAUGCUUUCUUAAGUUUAAUAAUAAAUAGGCAAACCGACAGAUAACGAUCUAACAAAUGCUUUCGGUUUCCUCAGUAGAAGCGAAUCUGUAGCGCCUCGGAAUGUUUUCUUUGUGUAAAUAUUGUAAUUUUGAGAAUUCGCCUGUAGCGUUCGUUUUAUAGAAGUGAUCAACGUGCAUUCAUUGCAGCAGUCCAGUCAAUUAACACGUGUGCUCGUGACGCGAGGCGAAUAUUUCUGUUCUCGGUGCACCAACUACACUUCGUACCUUGUUUUAAUUCUAAGUGAAAUAAUAAUUUAUUAUCGAUAGUGAUCAUUUUGUAGGAGUAAGUAGGCCGGAGCGGUAACAAAUUCGGACGAAUUACGUUAUGUGAUAGGCAGUAAAGGCUGCAAGCACACCGACAACCAUUCGCUCGCCGCCGGCUCGGAAACGUCGGCCAAAUUAGUAGUAAUAGGCACGAGUAGCUCGAGUUUGCAUGCGAUUAACGCUUUCACUUUGCUAAAAUCAAAAUUUUAUCCUCAUAAUUUCAUUCUACCUAGUAAUACUCCGACAGCACUUAAAGUAGACGACGUAAUCGCUUCACAGACUGGCGAUUUAGCAAUAACUAGGAAACGCCGAGACAUAUCGUAGAAGGCGCUAGGGCGAGGCCGAGCCGACAGCGAUUCUGCUUCGGCAUUCAUCGUUGACUAAUUCUUAUAGUGUCAUGACAAUUUGUAAAGAUCGUUUUGCAAAAAUGUUGACUUUUUAGCCAAAAUAUCAUCGAUCACUAAUAAAUAAAACUAUAUACACAAUCCCAUGCAAAAGUUCUCUAAAAACUGUCGCCAAUUGUUUUGACGUAAUUCUAAUUGAAAUAAAUAUACAUAAAUGUAAAUUCAACCUUAAAUGCAUUGCCUAAAGUUGUAUUCACAAAUCUACGUACAAAUUAAAAGCGCACCCAAAUGUUCGAGUGGGCGCUCAUUCGGUAAGGACAUUUUUUUGUCACUGAUUGUGUAUCUAGUUUUUUAUUAGUGAUCGAUGCAAAAUAUAGUUAAUUAUAACGAACGAACCAAUACGCAGUAGCUUAAUCGUAGAUAAACGCUGCCUAGUUCUCAGUUUGUCGGUUAACACCAAUAGAUACUUUAUAAUAGAUACUUUAUACUCAUAAGAUAUUUAUACGAUUAAUCUUAGCAGAGUGACUAUCUGUCAAUUUAUCUACAAAGAAAAAAGUAUAAAUUGCGUUUGAUCCCCAAAAGCAUUUAUUUAUUGUUGUUUUAACUAACAUUGCCGCUUUUACAAAAUUAUAUAAGUUUUAUAGAAGAGAUCUAUUUUUAUUGUGAAGUUGAGCUGCUGGAAAGUAAAAAUCUGUAUAGAAUCAUGUGUUUUUUUAAAUCUCGAAUUUUAAAAGUAAUAUUGUUAUUAUUCUGAUUUAUAGUAUCUAUUUUCACCAAAAGUGCUCAUCGCUGUCAAGAAAUUAGCAAAAAUGCAUUAAAGAAUGAUGAAAACCG